AUAAGUGCUUGAAAUGUAUGGCAAGUGUCAGUUUUGUGAAGACUGUUGCAAAGAACGUGUGUUUGGUGCCUCACACACAAAAAAAACUGGUGGAAAGUUCAGUCAAUUGCGGUUCGGAUACUUUAUAUUCAGCGUUGAAACUACACAAUAUUGCAUAUGCAAAAUGCUGCACUCAAAGCAAAACGUUAUUGAUCCAGAAAUCACACCGCUUGUGGCGUAUGAAAGCACCAUCAAGUCUGGAACUCACGGUGAUGUGUACCAAAAGCAGUUAGCCCAACUUCUUUUGCUUAGACUGACACGAGAAGGAAAGGAUUUCAACUUGGCUUAUGAACUGACAUUCGCGGAUAAGUUUGAUCACGUGGUACUGUACGAUAAGACAGCCAAGCAAUGGACUUUUCUACAAUCAAAACAUGCUGACGGCGAAGAUUCAAGGAUAGAUCUCAAUGGCUUGCUUCCUAAUGCGAAUCGGGAGAAAGGGGAUUUCAAUUUGUACAAAUAUUUCACUUCUUACAUGUUAAUUCGAGACAGGUUCAAAGGCAAACUUAAGUUUCUGCUGUUUACCAAUAAGAAACUUGAUGAAAAGUUGAAUUCCGCAGGAGAUUGCAUCUCCAUCGAAAAUCGAGAUGCAGACGAAUAUCUCCGCUUUACUUUUAAAGGAGCAACGCAGAAAGUUCUUACACCGACUGACACGACCAUUCAAUCAAUCAUGGAAUACGCCAACAAUGAUUUUGAUUCCCUGGUGAAAGCUCUUAAGAAACUUUUCAAUGCAGGAACUAUUACGAACGAGUUACGGAAAUACAAAGCUUAUUUAAGUGAUAUUUUGAAGGAGUCGGAAAACAACCAUAUAAGUUUCCAAGAUGCCUUCAACGACUCAUUGAUUUUCAUUGCUGAACUAUACAAAGUACUUCAACCAGAGCUACACAAUAUGAAACCAAUUGUUAAGCCACCAGAAUUCAACGUCAAUAAACCGCAAAAUGUGUAUGCAAGCUACCCACUAGUGGGGGGUCAGGAUUUCGACAACUUGAUUGCCGCCAUCAAAGAUCUUUUUCGUUGCGGAACUGUAUCUGCUCAUUUAAAGAAGUACGAAAAUCUUUUAGCUUUGAUUCUAACAACAACCGCGAAUGGUCAGCUGGUAUUCAAAGAUACAUUCAAUUGGGAUCUAAUUUGUAAAGCUGAACUGUAUCGAAAAUUGAAAACUGAGUUGAGUGACAUGAAUAAGAAGGUUAUUACGAAGGAGAAACUGUUCGAUGGAAAGGAUUCACGGAACAAACACCAUUCAUCAUUAUUCUAUGUGGACGCAUCUGAUGUGAGAGAUUUUUUUGAGCACCUCACAUUAUCAGUGCAUCAACCGGAUGAGUUGGAAUUCUUCAUCGUCGAGGAGUUGCACUUGUGGAUGAGGCAGUGGCUGCGACCCGACGUUUUAGGUAAGCUAACCGAAGUCGAUGAUAAAAAAGCGGUGAGAGAUUUGCAUGAUUAUUUUGACGCAGCGCUUCAGUGCGAACAAGGCAAUUCCAAACCAUACUUAGAUCAAGAUUUUGUCGCGCAGUAUUUCAACAGGUUACGGUCCAAAAUUGUAGAAAUGUAUCCGAUAUUGAAUGUAACCAAUCAGUUAUAUAUUAACAGAGUGAUUACUUUUGUAAAAGAGGAAAAGAGGUGCAGAGGAAAAAUAAUAUCUGAAGUAGUUUGGGGUUUUGAAAAAAAUGCUUCACAUAUUAUUGAUUCAAGCAUACCUGUGCUCGAAAUGACUAACAAAAUAUCUCAUGCAAACAGAAUGGUACUUAGUUCAUUUGAAGAAAAAUUGAAAUGUGAAAUACAUGAAAUAUAUGAUAGAAUAACGCUUCUUAAUGGAACAUACAAGAAAAUGUCAGAUAUACAGUUUGUAGCAAAUCUCAAGCCUAUGUUUUCACAUAAUCGGUGUUUAGUUUUAACAGCGGAGCCUGGCAUAGGUAAAACUGAACUUCUCCACUAUGUUGCGCUAGAGCAUCAAAAACUCACAUCAGGAGCAGUUUUCUUAUUUCACUUGAACAGAAUACAACAUUCAAAAGACGUUUUAGGAAACGUUUCAUCAUUAGAUAUUCUCAAAUCUGCGUUAUCUCAAAAAAAUGUUGAACUCAUACGAAGCGUUUUGAAUAAAAAAAUGAUGAUCAAAUUACGAUGCUCUUUGAUGGGUAUGACGAAAUUCAUGAGAAAAAUCGUAACAAAAUAGACAAUCUACUUGAAUUAUUAAUGAAAUCAAAACAUAUUCAACUCGUUAUAAGUGCAAGAAGUCAUGAGAAAAGUUCAUUGCAGAGCUUUUUUCAGAAACACAGUAUGAAUGUCAGAUACUUUUCAUUACAACCAUUUAGCAGUAACAAUAUAA